UGAGCAACCCUGCACACAGGUAGAGUCUCUCUCUCUGACACCUGAGACAUUCAACAGGAGAACAGCGUUUUCAACAGAUUAUUUUUUUCAGUUUCCCAUCACUCAGACGGUUGAUCACAUCAGGCUGCAGGUGAGACAGCAGGGAAAUCUGGGAAAUCUCCAGGAUGGAGUCCCCGCUGAAGCUGGUGGCUCUCCUCCUCACACUCUGCUGCUGCUGCAGUGCUCAGCGUGUUGACUACAUAACUCCACAUUCUGGAAGUUCUAUGGGAGCGACAAAAAUAACCAUUCAUGGAGUCGAUUUUGCCGUGGCAAACCAGGUCCAGUUGAAUCCGAACGAAGAGUCAGGCAACAAAGUGACAUUGGUGUCUGACAAAAUGUCGGUCAUCUGCGAUGUGGAGAGAGACUCGACGCACAGAAACCAGAUCAUGUGUUACACCAGACCGUUACCAAACGGUAGAUAUUAUGCCCGUGUCACUGUGAACGGCAAACCAGUUCCUGACAACAAACUAUGCUACGGUUCUCCCAACUCAUACUGGUGCGGCUUCACUGUCGUCUGGUACACCACACCUUCCAUCAACGUCAUGACUCCAAAGAGUGGUCACCCAGGCUCCCUGGUGAAUACGUCAGGCCUGAUCUUCACCGACGUGUUUGGUAGUAACACCAGGCUGAGCUCAAACGGCCGGAAUGAAAAAUUCCUGAGAGUCUACAUGGGAGGACAACCAUGCGACCUGUUGAAACCAAACUCAGAUGAUCUAUAUCACCUGCGACUGACUCCCGAGAAUUCCCUGUGGGGCGAAAUGAGCUGCAGAGUGACGGGGACGUAUGUUGGGCAUCAAAACUUGACUUACAUUCUCACCAUGGGAAGGUCUAUAAUAAAAAAGGACCAGAUGGUGCUCUGGGGAUCGAACAGACUCGCCAUGUUCCAGAGCUAUGCAGAGGUGACCGGAAUCUCCCCCAACAAUGGGAGCAUCAUGGGAGGGACGCUGUUGACCGUGCAUGGCCACUUCUUCGAUGAAACGGACGCACCAGCACGUGUUCUUGUUGGAGGCCUGCCGUGUGACAUCCAGAGUGUGUCCGAUGACAGAAUAACGUGCAGAACGGCCAUGCAUGAGAUGAACAACAAUGUGACAGUAUUCCCGGGUGGAAGGGGCUUAAAGAUGGAAACGUGGAACAACUCAAAGCCCAAGUCCAUGGACGAGAUCUUCACAUACGACGAGCACACACCGGGAUACCAGAGCAAAUGGCUCAAGGAAUUCCCCGUUGACUUUAAUCGUGGUUGGGAUUUUUUCACCACACGGAUCAGUGGCUUCAUCGCCCCCAAGUUCAGCGGCAACUACAAGUUCUUCAUCAACUGUGACGACAAAUGUGAGCUCCACCUCAGCAACGCCAGCAGUCCCGAAGAUAAGGUGAAGGUGUCCUCCAAACCAUAUUUUACCCACAGUCUGUUUGAUUCCCAAACGUCUGACUGGGUGUAUCUAGAGGAAGGAAAUUACUACCACAUUGACCUUGUGCAUCAGGAAUAUGGCCAUCACGCUUAUAUCAAAGUGGGCCUGUACUAUGAUAAUAGCCCCUUUACAGAAGACCAGACAAACGACGCUGUGAAUGAGGCUCAGAGCAUUAUUGCUGAACAGGAAGUGUUCGAUGAGGAACAGGUUGUUACCUUUGGACUCUGGUCAGAGGACGUUUCCGCAGUCAAAGAGGUCCAGAAGGUCACCGUCAACAGCAGCUGUGCCAGCCAUCAAUGUUCAGGCACCUUCUUCAGCCUCGGCUAUGGAGAGGCAAAGACUGGACCUAUCCCCGUCACUGCCUCACCUGGAGUGGUGGAAGCAGCCCUGAACGACCUUUACUCCAUCAAACCCGACACCGUCCAGGUCACCAAACAGGACGCUACCCAAGGCUCCUCCUACAUGGUCACAUUCAAUUCUGUGAGAGGGGAUUAUGAUCUUCUUAAAGCCGUGCCUUACAGCGCUGACACUAACAUCACUGUCGAUGAGGUUACAAAGGGGAAAAGCAACAUGGAGACCUUCACUCUGCUUUGGGGGGGAAUCCCUACAAAACCCAUCCCGUACAACACCACAGAGUCCGAGGUGCAGUCAGCUCUGGAGGAUCUGAUCAAAGCUGAGUGUCCUGGUGAGAUUGUGACCACUGAAGGAACAGAUGUGAAGCUCUUCAAGGAUUACGAAAACGACUACUCUCAGUACGACGGUGGCGAGAUGGGGACUGCGGUGAAAAUGGGCUUCUGUGGCCAGUGGUCUCUGAAGAACCCUGGAGUCCUCUUCAAGGACAGUUUCUCCAAAGAGUCUGGUGGCACGUACGGAGCUGUUCCAUUGGACAAGUAUCCCGCGCUUUGCUUUGCAUACAAGGGAACGUUGAAGAAUGAAGUCGGAGUGAGGUUCACUUACAGAAACAGCCAAGGCCAAACCAGCAAAGAGACGGCAAAGAUCGUCGCUCUGUUCGCUAAGGGAGCCGGGUGGAGUUACACAUGCUUAGACCUGAAGACGUCCCUGCAGACGGAAUACACCGGAAGCAAUUUUGCAAUGCUGGAGUUCAACCUCUACAAAGACGAGUCUGCUGCAGAUUUCUACGUGGAUGCCGUUCACAUGGGAAAGAAUCCCACCACCCGCAAUACAUUCGUUGUUCCCCUCUUGAGGAGACCUCCUCCCUUUGAGGACAAGGGUCAGACCUUUGGGGUGAUUUCUGUUAGCAGAGGAGCCUCGACUGCUCCCAAACUCAGCUACGAGAUCAAAGCGAGACCCGACGACUGUGCCUUUGGGUUCCCACUGCUGGAAGUUGGCUUCAUGCAGAUGUCUAAUAGCAGCAAGCACACGGCUGAGUUCCAGGAUGUGUCAGCCUCCGCCACCGUCUCUGUCACUCGCACUCACAGAGCCACCCCUCCUCUGAAAGGCUCCUUCGACUUGGAGUUUAAUGGCGAAACUGUUGAAGGUCUGUCGGUGGACAUCAGCGAGAAGGACAUGAUGUACGCUCUGCAGGGGAUCGCAGGGAUGGGUCAGGUCGACGUCCGUCAGCGGGGAAACUGCAGGAGGCCGCACUGGUGGGUGAAGUGGCUCACAAACCCUGGAAACCAGCCUCUGAUAAAGGUGAACGACUCGAUGGUUGUCGGCAACAAGCCAAGAGUUUUCGUCCGUGAGAGGACAAGGGGAGGUGUGAGGAUGCGUAGCCUGCCAGCAGACUUGCUUCGUGUCCCGGAACCCAAAACACAGGUUUUGGUCCUCAUCAACGACAUCAUCUCGAUGUGUUCUGGGGACUGUGGGUUCGAGUAUUCAGUGGAGAAGACUCCGGUUUUGACUGGAAUCAGCCCGACUCAAGGAUCGAAUGGCCUGGGGACUCUUCUGACGGUCACCGGGACCGGCUUCAGUGACGAACAUGCCGACAUCUUUGUGGGAAACGCCAGAUGCCACGUUGAACAGAUCACAGACACCACUCAGGUGUGCAGGCUCGGCAGCCUGGGCGCUGGUACCUACCGGGUGUCCGUCAGCUUCCCGUCUCUGGGUAACACCAGCUCCCCUGAUGGCAAAAUGUUCUACUUCACCUACCUGGCCAGCGUUUCCUCUUUCUCGCCGCUCUCUGGAAGUCUGGCAGGAGGCACCCUGCUGACAGUGACAGGUUACGGCUUCAGCCAGGACUCCACGGUUACUGUCGGUGGAAAGGAGUGCACCGCCGUAGACGCCGCUGACACUGAGCUGAAGUGCAGAACUCCAGCGGGAUCUGCAGGAUCUGAGACGGUCAUGGUGACGGUUGGAAACAUGAGUCUGACUGCCAACAGCUCUUUCACAUACGAUAGUGACCUCACCCCGCAGAUCUCAAGCACGAGUCCCAACACGGCCUAUGUGACCGGAGAACAAAUCCUCACCGUCACUGGUUCAAACCUGGGAGGACGAGACAACGACAGCGCGGUGCUAGUCGGUACCAAGCGGUGCAUGAUAGUGCAAUGGACAGCGACCAACAUCCAGUGUACGCUCCCCGUGCUGCCACCCGGUGUGUACGAGGUGCACGUGCAGGUCGGCAACAACGGCUACCCACAGACAAGCGGAGUGAGCACCGACAUUAAAUACAUCCUGGAAAUCCACGACGUCUCCCCGAGGUUCGGCUCUUUGUUCGGAGGGACCAGGCUGACCGUCUCUGGGUCUGGUUUCAGCAACAACACCCUCGACAACCGAGUCUCUGUCGGAGAAGCUGAGUGUGAGGUGACGGCAGCGUCAGAGAAUGAGCUGCAGUGUGAGCUGAAGUCGACGGAGAAGACCCACAUGGUCACCAACCAGGGCACACACCACACUCAUGGACAGGGGUACGCAUGGGACCCCACCUCUCUGACAGUGUGCGUUGGAGACACAGUAAAGUGGCGUUGGGAAGCUCCGGCCUUCCAGAAAGUCGGCUACAGUGUGUUCAGUGUGACGGCACCAGGGGGCGCCGCCUACGAGGACGGACCGUUCAACAGCGGAGACCAGACGACAACAGGGUUUUUCAGUUACCGCUUCACCUCGCCUGGUAAUUACUACUACAGCAGUGGCUACAUCGAUGUCAAAAAAUACAGGACCCUGCAGGGGGUCGUGAAAGUCAAGGCUUGUGAGGGAAAGAGCAGAAAGGUCUCCGUCAUCACUGGAGGCGUUGAGGCCGUACACGUUAGCGGAGGUUCUAACAGCGGCUCCACGGCAGUCCAGCAGUGCGUCGCCGCCACGCAGUGCCAACAGAACACCAACACUUCAGACAUCAUUUCGUUCAGCUCCACCGCCUGCGCCACCCCGACAGUGACCUCCAUCUCCCCCAACCAGGGGACGUACCACCAGGUCGUCCACAUCGAGGGCGCGGGUUUCAGCGACACUGCCUGCGCUAAUGAGGUGACAGUGGGGGAUCAGUCCUGCCAGGUGAUCAACAGCUCUAACUCUGACAUCUACUGUCAGCUAAGCAAAGACAACAGACUCUCCACUGGUGUCCCUCACCCCGUAGCCGUCAGAGUCAACAACCUCGGGAACGCCAUCGCCGCUGUGCCGAAAGAGCUCCAUCGGCGUUUUGUGCUUCUGCCCGUGAUUGACUCCGUCUGGCCUCAAAGCGGCAGCUCCACCGGCCACACUCGGCUCCUCGUUCACGGCUCGGGCUUCUCUGAGGGACAAGUGACAGCGGCCGACCACCUGUGCUCUGUGGUCACGCUGAACUACACCUCUAUUGUCUGUGACACCUCGCCUUCUCAGCCGCGCUCUGGUGAUGUAGUCUUCCACGUGGGCAGGAUCCAAAGCUCCUGUAAAUCAAGCUGCUCCUUCGAGUAUUCCUCCUCCGUCACUCCUGAGCUCACCAGUAUUUCCCCCGAUAGCAUCAGCGGGCCGUCCUCCCUCACCCUCUCUGGCUCUGGGUUCGGCACCGACAGCGAUGACGUGGCAGUGUUUGCCGGCAGCACAGAGCUGGAGGUCACCGGGGUCACUAAUGGCAGCGUUUCAGCGACGGUCGACGCUCUUUCUGCGGGCGACCAUGAAGUCAGCGUGAUCGUGAGAAGCAUCGGUGUCGCCAGAGGUUCAGUCACCCUGACCAGCAACGCCACGGCCGUCCUCAACCCCGGCGCGGGCAGCCUGGCAGGAGGGACCAACCUGGUCCUCGCUGGAAACGGCUUCGCUCCGGGCAACACCAGCGUGAUGAUCGGCGGCGAGCCCUGCGAGAUUCAGGAAGUGACGCCGGCACGUCUUCGCUGCCUGACACCCGCUCACAGCGAGGGAGUGAAGACCGUCAGCGUCAAAGUGUUUUCAGUCAAUUACCCGCCUUUCAGCUUCAACUACUCGAAAGACAAAACUCCUUCUAUCAUCUCCAUCAGCCCUGCCGCUGGGCCGAGUGGGACCGUCAUCACCCUGACAGGUUCAGGAUUCCACAACGACUCUCAGCAGGUCCAGGUCACCAUAAACGACGCCCCCUGCACCGUGUCGUCAGUGUCUGACGCAGAGGUUCAGUGCACCGCAGGAGACAGCCCAGGGGGGUCAUACAAGGUCAUGCUGAAUCACAAGGUCAAAGGAUACGGCGUGUCGGAUGUCAAGUUCAAGUACGAGCUGACACUGAGCGGCGUGCAGCCCAACCAGGGCAGUUUCGCUGGCGGCGCUCUGCUGUCCGUGCAGGGGUCCGGCUUUGACCCGGACAGGUCCACGGUGAGGAUCUGCGGAGAGGAGUGCGAAGUCAACAGAAACAUGUCGACCUCGACGCGUCUGUACUGCGAGUCUCCAAACAACAGUGGCACUGAGUCAGAGGCGAGCUGCGAGGUUGCAGUCUACAACCAGAACGAUGCCGUCAACACAUCGAAGGGCUUCACCUACAAAGCUCAGCUGACUCCGGUGAUCUCUGAGGUUUCUCCGCGCAGAGGAGGCACCGCUGGAGGCACGCUGCUGACAAUCACAGGCUCCGGUUUCAGCACCGACCAAAGCAAAGUCAAAGUGACCAUCGCAGACUCUGGGUGCGACGUUCAGUCCACCACCAGCACACAGAUCACCUGUGUGACGAAUGCUCAGCCAAGGUCUCAGGAAACCAAAGUCAGAGUCAGCAUCGGAGAUCAAGGCAUCGCUAAGAUGGAGAAUGCAGAUUUCUUCUACGUUGACGUGUGGUCGUCCAGGUACACAUGGGGGGGUCAGUCUCCACCUGAGAAAGGCUCGUUUGCCGUCAUCACUAAAGGACAGACCAUCCUGCUGGACACCAACACUCCAGUUCUGAAAAUGCUCCUGAUCCAAGGAGGGGCGUUGGUUUUUGAUGAAGCGGACAUCGAGCUACAGGCGGAAAACAUCCUGAUCACAGACGGCGGUCGGCUCGAGGUCGGUCGAGAGGGGGCGCCAUUCCAGCACAAAGCCAUCAUCACACUUCAUGGAAACCAGCGCUCCCCUGAACUUCCCAUGUACGGCUCUAAGGCAAUCGCUAUCAGAGAGGGCGUGCUGGACUUGCAUGGUAAACCAGUCGCUGAUACGUGGACCCACCUCGCACAGACGGCAGCUAAAGACUCCAAGACGCUGACCCUGAUGAAGGCGGUGACGUGGAGCAUCGGAGAUGAAAUUGUCAUCGCCUCCACAGGCCACAGGCACAGUCAGAGAGAGAACGAGAAGAAGACGAUAGCCGCCGUGUCAGCCGACGGAAAGACUCUAACUCUGGAAGAAGCGCUGGAGUACGCUCACCUCGGGGUGACCACCACACUGCCUGGUGGGAAGACGUUUGAAGCCCGAGCUGAGGUGGGUCUCCUCAGCAGGAACGUCGUGGUACGAGGUUCCAACAACAAAGAAUGGAACACGGAGAUUGAAGCCUGUCCUGCCGGCUUUAACACAGGUGAGUUCCAGACCCAAACAUGCUUCCAAGGCAGGCAUGGAGCCGAAGUAGGCAGCGAUCAGUUUGGAGCCACCAUCAUGUUUCACUCACCCACACCAGAUCGUGAUCGUGUAAAGGGCAGGAUUGAAUAUGUUGAGCUGACCUACAUGGGACAGGCCUUCAGGCUGGGUCGUUAUCCCAUCCACUGGCAUCUGAUGGGAGACUUGAACUACACAUCGUACGUGCGAGGUUGUGCCAUCCACAAGACCUUCAACAGGGCAGUUACCAUCCACAAUACCCACAGGCUGCUGGUGGAGCACACCGUCAUCUACAACAUCAUGGGCGGGGCCUUCUUCAUUGAAGACGGCAUUGAGACGGGGAACAUCCUGCAGUACAACCUGGCUGUGUUUGUCAGACAGAGCACCAGCCUGCUGAACGACGACGUCACUCCCGCCGCCUACUGGGUCACCAAUCCCAACAACAUCAUCCGACACAAUGCCGCCGCCGGGGGCACCCACUUCGGCUUCUGGUACCGCAUGCACGAGCACCCGGAUGGCCCGUCCUUUGACAGAAACAUCUGCCAGAAAAGGGUUCCUCUCGGCGAGUUCCACAACAACACGGUGCACUCCCAGGGCUGGUUCGGCCUCUGGAUCUUCCAAGACUACUUCCCCAUGAAGGGCGGCGCCUGCAGGUCCAAAACCCCCGAGCCUGCUGUCUUCCACUCCCUCACCACCUGGAACUGCGAAAAAGGUGCCGAGUGGGUCAACGUGGGCGCUGUGCAGUUCGACGGCUUCCUCAUGGUCAACAACGAGAAAGCCGGCAUCGAAGCCAAGCGUAUCUUCCCGUGGGCUGUGAGCGGCACAGGAAGGGAAGGAGGGGCUGGGGUGUUCAACAGCAUCAUCGUGGGCCACCUAAUGGAGCUCGGAGGGUUCGAGACAAAAACCCGCACCCGAGGUGUCAUCCUGCCAUUCGACGACGGCAUGGUCGUCAUGAACACCACGCUCAUCAACUUCGACCAGGCCUCUUAUGCAGCCUUCGGGGUAACCACAGUGGAUGGGACAUGCAUUGAAAGAUGUGGCGGCUGGUCUGCCCUCUUUGGCGGUAUCAAGUAUUUCAAUUCCCCCAACAAGUGCGGCUUGAAGUGGGAGUUUGAGGUGCAGAUGGUGGACACAGAUGGUUCCCUCACAGGAACGGUUGGAAACAAAGUGGUGUCCAACAGCUCGUUGUUGGACCCAGCUCACUGUACACACAGUGAAGCGUGGAGCAAUGGUUACCCCGGAUACGUGUGCGACGACACCGUUCACUUCCACCGUCUGGCACUCAACAACCCUUCCCCAUCUUCUCUGAAUCCUAAGAAUAUCCUGCUCACCAACGACUAUGGUACCAGUGCAGUUCCAUACAAGCACAAGAGACUGACUCAUAAGAAGGGCUGGAUGGCCUUGGUGCCCUCUGGGAAAACGUACCUCAUGAACUUUGAAAACGCCUUCCAAAUCACCAAUCUCUCAUACACUGCAACCUUCUACGGCUUCAAGCAAGAUCAAUAUGUGAUCAUCAAACACAACCUCACUCAGAGUCCGGACAGUUUCUACAUCAUAGAUAAGAGGAACGGCUCUGAGUCGCCGCUCAGCUACAGCGAGAAUGAAAGUGGGGACUGGCACUUUGAGAAAAGCUCCAAAAGUCUCUCCUACAUCUUGUCCGGGAAGACGAGCAAGCGGCGUCGUCGUUCCAGCGUGGACCGCUCCAUGAAAGACUUUAAUGUGAACUUGAAAGUCUAUCGCUGCUUCUUCCCCGACUGCAUCCAAGGAACACCUCCGCCCCCGGCCACGCUGCCCCCCUUACCAAGCCGCCGGCCCGACAACUUCAUUCGCUGGUCCAACGCCUCUUUCUGGGAAAAUUCAGCUGAGAAUAACUUCACUGUGCCAGCAGAGGGCGCUGAUGUCGUCAUCCCGUCAGGUGUGUGGAUGGUUCAGGACGCCGACACUCCUCCCCUCAACAAGCUGACCAUUACUGGAGUUCUUGAGAUCCCCGACACCCCGAUGAACGCGUCCAGCCGACAGAGCCGAGCCGCUCCAGAAUACAACACUGUGGUGCUGGACGCAGUCUACAUCUCCAUCCAGGGCGGCAGAAUGAUCGCAGGAUGGGACGACGAGCCGUUCAGGGGUCAGCUGCACAUCAAACUCAGAGGACGCCACAACACCCCGGACUGGCUUCUGCCUGCCGGUCCAAACCAGGGAUCCAAAGUCUUAGGUGUGUUUGGUACUCUGGAGCUCUACGGACAACCUCACAAUGUGUCCCACACCAAACUGUCUGCUACUGCUGUCGCUGGAUCCACCAAGCUGAGCCUGAGGGAGUCUGUGGACUGGCAGGUUGGAGAGGAGAUCGCCGUCUCCUCCAGCAGCUACAACGCGCGGGAGACUGAAAAACACAAGAUAAGCGCUGUGUCAGCAGACGGCCGGGAACUGACCCUGGACCAGCCUUUGACCUACAGACACAUCGGUGAGACUCACUCUGUCUCAGGUACGUCGUACUCCUACACGCUGGCAGCUGACGUCGCUCUCCUGACCAGAAACAUUAAGAUCAUCGGUGAGGAGUACGAGGACAUGAUGAAGGAGUCGUUCGGAGCCAGACUGUUGGUGGGAACCUUCAUGUCAGAAGGAAUCAACUACAGAGGGAAAGCUCAGAUCAGGAACGUGGAGUUCUACCACUCGGGUCAGGAAGGCUGGACCGACUCCAACGACCCUCGUUAUUCUGUGGCCUUCCUCAACCUGGGAGAGGUUAAAGAGGACGAAUCGUACAUCCAGGGUUGUUCUUUCCACGACGGAUUCUCUCCGGCCAUCGGAGUGUUUGGGACGAACGAGUUGAAGGUGGAUGAUAACGUGAUCCAUCACACUGUGGGAGAAGGUAUCAGAAUUUGGGGGGACAAGAUAACGGUGAGGAGGAACCUGGUGAUAUUGACGCUGUGGCCCGGCUCGUAUCAGGACAGAGAGGAGGAGUUCAACAUCAACUUUGUUGGCGGCAUCGAGGUCAACAAGGGGACGAACGUCGUGCUGCAGUAUAACAUCGUGGCGGGUUACGAGAGAGUGGCUUAUCGCAUCAACGGUGAACCGUGCACAGGAAGCGAGAACAAGAUGGAGGGCUGGAUCCACAACGAGGCUCACAGCGGUAUGUUCGCCGGAGUCUUCAUGGACAAAGACGGUUUGCCUGGCUGCAGCCUCAUCAACGACUUCUUCAUAUGGAGGAGCUUCGACUACGGCAUCUACUACCAGACCCCCAGUAGUGUUAUUGUUUCCAACGCAACCAUGGUGGACAACGGGAUGAGCAUCAUGCCGAUAACCUACGGCCCUCCUUCUCUUUCCCACAAAUUUGCCGAUAAAUUUGCGAGUGUGAAGAAUUCCUUGUUUGUUGGCAGCAGCCCUGACUUCGACUGUUCCGACACUCUGCCAAGCAGCGACUACAAUGUUCGAGGCAGCGCUCAACAUCGUGCCCCAAGACCGAUCAACGGGGGCAGAUCUGCAAUCUGUUGGCCAAAUUUCCAUUCCGCCCACAACAACGCACCACUAAUGGUCUAUCAUCUGAACAGCAACUACAACGCCAUCAAAGGCCUGAUGACAGUGGAGGAUACCACGUUCGUUAAUUUCCAAAGCGUGUGCUCGGGCGAGGCAAACAUCAUGUUCAUGACCAACACCGAGAACGAAGACCUGCAUCACCCCGUGCAUGUGUCACGCAUAACCACGGUCGACAGCAUGGAGGACUACAAGGUCUUCAUCCACAGGGCUUCUUUAAAAAAAAUCAACCCGUCAGACUGUGUGGACAUGGACUGUGACGGCAAGAAGAAGACCAUGUUGAAGGACUUGGACGGCUCGUUCCUGGGAUCGGUGGGGACGGUGCUGCCCCAGUCUGAGUUCCAGUGGGGGGGUGACCCCAGGAGGGGGCUGGGCGACUACCGACUCCCACCAGUCAUGAUCACCAGGAAAGACGGCAGCCCCAUCCCUGUGGACCAGAUCGCUCCAAACAAAGGUAUAAUGAGGAAAAACUGCACGUAUGUGAGUUCCUGGCAGAGCUACAAGUGUUUCGGGCUGAACUACAGGAUGCUGGUGAUCGAGAGUCUCGACCCCGACACGGAGACGAGGCGUCUGUCCCCCGUCGCCGUGCUCGGAGACGGCUUUGUGGAUCUUAUUAACGGUCCGCAGGAUCACGGAUGGUGCGCGGGCUACACCUGCCAGCUGAGAGUGUCGCUGUUCCACAGCAUCAUUGCCACCGGUCACUCCUUUCAGGUCUUCUUCAGCAGCACCAGCCCUCAGAAACUUCGCCUCAUGAUGCUCAACGCCCAUCCAUCCGAGAGCGUCAUGGUGUCAGUGUUCUACUCCAAGCCGCAGCGGAUGGACGUGUACUCAGACAACAACUUAAUCGCUCCGACUAAUGCCGAGUGGAACAAAGACAAAACAGACUACCAACUGAAGAAGCCUCUUUAUGCAGGUCAAUACGUCCCUCAACUAAACGCCACCAAGGGCGCCAACUUCUUUGACCCAGAGAACCAGAUGGUUCAGGUCGUCCUGAGAGGCUCCGAUCCUGCUGAAAUCCGAAUCUCUCCGAUCCUCUUCCUCUCCUUCGAUCUGCCCACCAUGACCGAGGACGAGUUCUUCGGAGAAAACCUGGUGCGUAACCUCGCAGCCUUCCUCAAGAUUCCCUCCAAUAUGAUCCGGGUCACCAACAUCAUCCGGGAGGGCGGAGGCGCGCGACGCAAGAAGAGAUCUACGGGUCUGAAGGUGGAGGUGCAGAUCAAGAAACCUCCGGUCCAGCAGAGAGACAACAGCACCAACGGUGAUGAAGACUUCUCGCAGUUGAGGACCAUAGCCGAUGACCUGGGUCAGGCAGCAGUGUCCGGAAACCUCAGCAAGUCCAUCGGCUUCAACGUGUCUUCGAUGGGCGUCAUCGCGCCUCCUCCUGCGUCAUCAGACCCAAGCUGGAAGGAGGAAGCUGCAAAAAAUGAGACGAGGGGGGAGGCCGAAGUGAGCUACGUGUCGAGCGUGUCCAAGCUGCUGCUGAUCCUGGACCCGAUAGCCGGGCAGCACGUGGGUCCUCUGCUCCUGCAGCCUAGUCUGAUGGCUGUGGAUGAGAAGGGUAACUGUGUCUCGGUGGGGGUGACCACGCUCACUGUAACAGCCACCCUGAAGGACUCCAGUGGAAACCCCGCAGAAGGACUAGAGGGAAACACCACCAUCCUGUUCGACAGCUGCUGGGCCAACUUCACCGACCUGUCUAUACUCGACAGCGGGGAGAACCUCACCAUGGUCUUCACGCUGAAGGAAUGGAGCUCCAAGUCGCGCGCCUUCACCGUGAAAGACACUCCAACCACCACCGCCAUGACAACGAUGGCUGCAACCAGCCUGUCUCCAACGACCCCCAGCACGCCCGAGGCCACCACACAGGACGAUAGCAUCUUCAGCUCCAGCACUAAGCUAGCUGCCAGCAGUGCCUGUGUGAUUAGCGUUAUCUACAACGUCGCCUGCUGCUCGUCAGGGUUCACCUGUUAGACGUCUCUGUGAAGCUAAGACGGUGUUAUGAAGGAAAAUGCAACUUUACCCUGAGAAGCU